GAUCAAUUUAAAGCAUUUAUGGAGGGAUUUAAUCAACUUAUACCACAAGAGUUGAUUUCAGUAUUUGACGAGCGUGAAUUAGAGUGCGUACGGUCGUGGGAUGGAGAAAAGAAAUCGCGUCUAUUGCAAUUCACUACCGGAACAUCUCGCAUUCCCGUUAACGGGUUCAAGGACUUGCAGGGAAGUGAUGGACCUCGUAGAUUCACAAUUGAAAAAGCUGUAGAUACCUCUCAGUUGCCAAAGA